GGCAUUAUAUCCCGAUCGAUUACCUGAUGCGAGAGCUUCACGAAAUGAGACGCUUUCUCCUUGUCCAUGUUUAUUAGGGUAACAUCGAUGUUCAUCAUGGUUUUAAAAUACUGACCGUAUUUCCCGGAGUUCAGGCUAACUGUGUAGCAGUAAUCUUGCCGCUGGAGUUAACCGCACCUUUAUUAUGGCCGUUGGGUGGAUCUUUAAUAUAUGCACACAUUUUCUGGAAAGAAUUGACAGGGGUUCCAAACUUGCUGAAAUUUUGUUGACGGUGAAGUAAAUUUAAUUACCGAAGAUGAAGAUGAUGAUUGAAUAGUGAAAGUUUCUCAUCUUAUCAUGCAUAAAUUAAAUUUACUUACGUUUGUGAGAUUUCCAUUAUGUAGUGCUGGAGGCAAAAUGAGAUUUGGGGAAAGCGUGAGAACAAGUAAAGCAAGCAUUCAAACGUGGCUGCUUCAUUUAGAAUUGGUUAGAAUUAGAAGUCACAUGCGAGUCGCUGCUUGCUACAGUAAAUUAAUUUUGUAAUGUCUUAAAAAAUUGGUUCUUGUCUGGCUUAUGUAAAUUAACCCGUUUCCGCUUUAUACUAAGAGCGAAGGGUGAACGUGAAGACCCUUAAAUAACUAAAAGUUUACCAAUUAAAUUGUAUCACCAAGUAAUGGCUGCGUCAUCAUCGCGAUACGUUCCUACAGGGCUGGAAAAUUUUAAUUACUUGGACUUAAUCGACACUUCGGACGAGGAUAGGGAUAAGGGUAGAAAAGGUCCUUCUGAGCCCUGGGGUUCGAGUAAGAACGUCCUUGUCAGUCGACAUGUCGCCAACUUCCCUGAGGAGGACUAUGCUGUGCUGAACAACAAAUAUUUUCGGCGUGCGUACAUCAGCGGCCUUAUGAAGUCGUCCCCUUUGUCAUCGAUUAAUCAUUUCGAACACGUGGACCUAAUGCGUGACGGGAUAAAGAAUUUCAGCAUAAUAGAGUUAAAUUCUCUUCAGAAAGGAGUCCUUCCACAUUUGUGUCGUGGAGAUGAUUGCUUCAUUAUUGGAGGAAUCCGAACUGGAAAAACGUUAUCCUACCUGAUACCUGUGAUUGGUCGUUUAGUCACUGGAUACAAUGAGGCAGAAAUUCGUCAGGCUCGAAGAUGCAGCCCACUACUGAUAAUCGUCUGCAGUGACCAUGUGGCUUGCCUUAAAAUGAAAGGGACUUUGCACGGAUUAUUGUGUGCCAUCAACCAGCGCCACUUGUCAUAUGAUGUCAUUUCUGAUAUGAAGGACCUAUCAAAAUUUAAACCAGACCUAAGUAUAGUUGUCUCAACGUGUUCCCUAAUGUGCAAUCUGGUGCAGAAAUCUUCAACUUUUAUUGGAUUUGACAAAUUAAGGUACUUGGUAUAUGAAGACCUUGAUGUUCUGAUGGAGUAUUUCCGAGAGGAGUUUGAUACCCUCCGAGAAACCAUAUUCCAAAUAGCACGUUCCAACGUUUAUUUUUAUCAACGGAUUUUCACCGGACGGAAGUGGAAUCAGCAAGUUGAACAAUUGUACAUGUCCACGCAGCGGCUUUGUGGUCCUGCAGUAGGUGACCGUUGGGCACCUACCCUCUUCAUCAAUUCCCACAACCAGCUAAUCAAAUAUGGGGAAGUCAAGUGGUAUUUCCAUCAUACGAAUCCCGGCAAAGAGAGAAUCGAAAAGCUAUUGGAACUAUUGAGAAGCGUAGAGCUGGUUAAACACAAGACGAUCUUUAUUGUCAGCAGUACUGCUGAUUUUGCCAGUUGGAUACAUUCACACCUUGCGGAGAAUGGAAUUUAUGCCCUUCUAGCAGACACUGAUUCAAUGAGGGUAGAUCUUUUAAAUGACUUGUUACGCGAAUGGACAAGUGGUCCAGCCACUGAUCGCCAAAUUAUGGUGCUCAACGAUUCUGCUUUGUCGCGUCUAAAUAUUCGGAACGUCACAUGCCUUAUUCACUACAAUUUACCAAAAAAUCCCAUCUCCAGGAUUUCCUCAGAAGGUGCCGAAAGAUUUACUUGCAUGUGGAAUAAUUAUCGGGACAUUGCAAUGGAAAAGGCCUGUCCACAGACAAAAUACUUGAGAAAGGAUUUGGAAGCUCACUUUUUGCUCACUGGAGAAGAAAAGUAUUUAUACAGGCUUCACAAGUUUGGAAGAGAUUUACUUCAACAAAUUCCUGGAACGCUUACCACGAUUGCUUGUCGAAUGGAACAGCAGGCAGUCGCAGAACUUCCACUUUGUCAGAGAGUUAAACUUUUUGGAAAUUGUUUAGACAAUGACUGCAAAGAUAGGCAUAUAUUUUUGCUCAAAGAUUUGGAACAGAAGCCCAUAGUGCCCAGGAGUGGAGAGAUCGAAGUAAGGAUUUCAGAAUGCAUAAAUCCAUCCCAUUAUUCUGCCCAAGUUUUGCGCUGCUUUGAGCACCGUAAUGGAAAACGAAUUUUAAAGUGUUCGUGGAUCAACGAUUUUAAAAUCAUGUCGGAAAAAUUGCAAGCAUAUUUUCAGAAUGAUGAUACAAAAAUUCCACCAGAAACUUAUGAGCCUGGAACACUGUGCGUCAUUGAGAAUUAUGACGGAAUUUUUCGAGCAAAAAUUCUUCAAAUCUUGACUCGCACUGAACUCCAGUAUCCAAAAAGUUUGCGGGUUCUGUGUAUCGACUCUGGAUUCUUUGGGAUACUACAUCCAGAGAAGGUGUACCUGAUGCCACAGGAAUUUAGAAACAUACCACAGCUUUCUGUGGAACUGGUACUUGCUAAUCUCCAAUCUCCCGAAUCAGGUGUCAGUUACAGUGGAGCUGAGAUUUCAAGAGCUGUAGACGCAACUGUAGAUCGAAUUCUUCUUGGCAGGGUUUUGUUUUCAAUGGUUGAUACUGUCUGGGUGAAUCCUUUGGUUGAUGUGCAAAAAGAUUACGCAGAUGUCCAAACUCAAUCCAGUGUCCGAUUGGACUUGAUUCGAAUUAGAUGCGCAAAAGAGAACGACACACAUAUGAUCAAACUGUUCAAACUUGGUCGUGACACAGGAUUUACUUGCCCAGAGUUGGAAGAUUUGGAGAACAGUCCAAUUAAAGAUGUUGUGUACAUGUCUCAAUUCUUUGGUUAUGGUGAGAAAUUCGAGUGGGCGUUCGUUCCUACGAGUACCCCAGAAAACCCCAAGAGUUUUGCCAUGUGGUCGACAUUUACAAGAAAUCCAUACUGCAUAUUUGCAACACAAACAAAAUUUGAAAAGCUACUGGAUGCUGUGAAUACAGAAUUGGACGCUUGUAUUAAGGGACACAUUUCUGGCCGAUGCUCUCAAUACAACAAGCAAUUCAAAACCUGGUACCAAAGCGGUUUAAUGGUUGCCGUUAAAGAUCGAAUUACAGAGCGGUGGAUUCGAGGUUUGAUAACGCAUGUCGACCAAGCGAAACAGCUUUACAAUAUUUUUCUUGUCGAUGUUGGAGAUGUUCAACUACAUUCGACUACUUGGGAGUUAUUUCCAAUGCCACGUACACUCGUUGAUAGACUUCCAUGUCAAGCAGUGGCAUUUAAACUUGAUCAUGUGUGUCCUGCAAAUGGUUCACGCGAAUGGGGGGCAGACGUAACAGCAGAGCUCAUGAACUUUACACUUACGGAAGAAGAUGACGGGGUAUUGAUGGAUGUUGUGGCCUCAAACGACCUUGACGACUCCUCCAUUCCGUGUCGCUAUUACAGUGCAAUCAUGUUCAUUGCUUCAGGACAAGAUAUAGGCGAAGAAUUAGUGAAGAUGAACCACGCCGUUUUCUCUGAGAAUGGUGAGGAAAUCGUGACUGCUACACGAAACAGCAUGUUGCGACAGAUUGAUCUUGCUGACAAGAAACUAGAAAACGAAGAUUGGGAUGAUUCCGAUGAUGAAUAUGACCUAGGUGGCACAGGCGUGGAAAACAUGAUGGAAUCAUUGGGAAUAGAAAUACCUUGGCUUAAGGAUGUCAAACAACUUGAGGCACCAUCUACAGUUGAAGUUUCAACAACGGCAACAGGACAACAGUCACUCGAGGCAGCUGGUGGAAUGAACGAUAUGCGCCACCCGAAAGUUCGUUGGCGACAGACCGCUGAAUGCAUAAUUUUGCACGUUGAUAUUCAAGACGUCAAAGAUUACGCUCUAAGCAUUGACAACUCUGCAAAACUUGUUUCAUUCCGAACCGUCGAUCCCGAAAAUUAUGGCUUCGACUUUACUUCCUUUGGUGGCUUAGCUCCAGCACCUGAGUUGCUCAUUUUCGGUCAUUAUGUUCAAAUCAAGCUGACCAAGAAAUCGCAAUUCAUUUGGCCGAGGAUAUUAAAAGAAGUGAUCAAAUAUCGUUGGUUGAAGGAGUGUUUGGAUUUGAAUGAAUUGACCCGUGAAGAGGAUGACGAAGGAAACAAAUUUGGAGGUGCGCUUGAACAGCCAAGGGAUGAUGAUGAUGACUGUAACGACAGUGAUACUGAAGUCAAGGAUGGAUAUUUUGACUAGUUUGUUAUUUUAAAUUUGUUUAAAUUUAAAUUUGAUUCAAAUUUGAUUUGUUUAAAACAUGUUGGCUCUAUUGAUGUUUUAAAUUAGAACUAAGUAGUUGAGAUCAAGGUAGAUAACUAUGCAAAUGUCAGCGAUUACUCUUAAUUUGUACCUUAUCAUAUUAAUUGAUCUUUUGUACUUUGGCUGAAAUUUAUACAAGACAUAGGAUUUUUAUCCUAGAAGCAAUAAAUUGUUUACCCUCA